CUUACGAACCACACUCCUUUGUCAUUCGAUACGUUGGUAUUGUCAUCAGCAGCAUACCAUUUGGUUGCAAUCAUGACCCGAGCACAGCAAACCGUCUCUGUCGGCCUCCUUGUCACUUCUCUCUAUUUGGCCCUCUACCUCGGACUCAUUCCUCUGCCAGCCUUGAUCUCAAAUGAAAUAAUACCUUUCUUGCCGUUCUGGGCCCUCGUUACCUUCGGUGCUUACCUUCUAUUCAAACUUGGCUGGGGAGUCUUUACGUUCAACGAUGUGCCAGAGGCGCACGCGGAGCUUAUGAAGGAGAUUGAUCUUGCGAAGGCGGAGUUGAGGACCAAGGGCGUGGAUAUCGAUUAAUCCU